AUGCGUAAUCCCGACGACUUCUACGACGAACUCUCGUGCAUUAAAGAGACUGUCACACUGACACCUGCGAAAAUGCGUGUGGUUUUUGCGUUUUAUUUGUUUUGUGUGUUGCUGACUGCGAACCAGUUUGUACGAGGCGAUGGAACUGGAAGAGAACUUGUGGUCAUUGCUUUACACAAGCUCCCGGAGGAAAGUGAUCUUGUUCAAAGAUUUAUUCAAUCGUCAGUUGCCGCUAACCUUUCAAAUAUUCAUAUGGUACAAGUGCAAGAAGACCACUUCGGGGAUGAAUCUAAAUUUGAAGCUACGAAAGCCAUCAACAAGCAGAAUAACUCCUGUGAAGCUGACUUGGAUUUCAUCAAAUUGGAACACAAAUUUUUCCUUUUCAAUAAAGCCACGGGAACAAAUCCGGCAAAUUCAAAAUCUCAGCUCGGACCCCAAAGCAUUCAUCUCUUGGUGCUAGUUCCAGAACCCACGCCAUUUGUGGCUGAAUUUUUUGCCGGUAUUGGCGCGCUUUCGUUUCCAAAGAAGCACAUGAGAAUCUCAAUUCUCUCGCUGGUACAAGUGCAAGAAGACCACUUCGGGGAUGAAUCUAAAUUUGAAGCUACGAAAGCCAUCAACAAGCAGAAUAACUCCUGUAAAGCUGACUUGGAUUUCAUCAAAUUGGAACACAAAUUUUUCCUUUUCAAUAAAGCCACGGGAACAAAUCCGGCAACGGAUUACCAUAAUGCUGAAGUGGAAGAGUUCAUGAGGACUUUUGGGAAGGAGUAUGCUAAAAUAGUUGUGAAGAGGCUUUCUUCGACUGACUCAAUUACACCCACCGCAAAAGAGGAAAUUCUUGGAUCAAACAACACCCACACUUUCUUGCUUAGUGCUGCAGCGCACUUGGAUCAUCCCAGCGUUUUGCACGAGCUUUUGCUGAUGAACAAGAAA